AAGCGAAGGUGUGCUGCACCGUCCUGCGCGCGCGUUAUAUACGUCCAGCAACCGCGGCUGCUCUCCCUCAUUCAUGCCGUCCCCUCUCCCCUCAUAACCCCCCCUCCUCUCCGGUCCAGGCUCGACUUCAUGGCUAUGGGUGGUCUGCCUCGCACACGCUCCCUCAGGGACGUUGUCCUUAUCCUCCUCGGUGCCACCUCAAUGCACAUCGCCUCAGUCUUCAUGGGGUUCAACGAACCCACAGGAUCUAUCAUCGUGAAGACCGAGGACUUCAACAACACACUUGCGACACCCCCCACUGAUGACCGAGAGCCGUCGAGAGAACGCGAUGUACAGAAGGUACUCGACCCCGGGAGGGUCACGUUCGACGUCGCCUAUGAGCUUCCAGAGACGACAGUUCUAUCGCACGCGCCCGGAUGGACCGUCUUCCGAAACCUCUACAUGUCGAACGGAACCAUGUACAUCGUCUCGUCCGAGCCCGCCUCAGAACACCCCGAAAACAUCGCAGCGCGCGAGCCGACCGCACAAGACAUGGACUUCCUCACUCCGGCUGAGGCACGACGACGCUGGGGCGGCAACGCCGAUCAAGCGGAACGGAAUCGCGUCUGGUCCGUUGGUGGGAACACGGUUCUCGUUAAUGAGCCCCCGCAAUUCCUCGAUCAUUACUAUCACUUCUGCGCCGAGCUCAUGCUGGGCGUCUGGCCCUUCUGGCUCGGUACGUUCAACGUGCCUGUGGCCGCCUCCUCCCCCAGUGUAGAGGCGGCCCCGCAUCUCGACCGCAUGAUCUUCUUACACGCCGAGGCUAUGGGAUGGCGGGACAGACCAGGCUUCAACUCAUACUUCCUCCGCUCCGCCUUCCCCUCCAUCACAGUCGAGGUCGAGACCGACUGGAAGGACCGCAUCGCCGCGACAGCGACCAACGGUGUCCCGGAGCGAGCGUGGCACUUCGACACGCUCAUGCUGACCGAUCGGUCUGCCGCGUUCCGCGGGGAGUCGUGCGUCGAGCACAUGGAGAAGCUGGGUACGCUCUCAAAGUGGUGGUGGGAGCCCUUGCGGCAGGCAGUCCUGCGCUUCGCGGGAGUCGACCAGGAGACGCUGGAGAUCGGCGUGAAGGCGGACGCGGUCGCGGCGCGGAAGGACGGUGCCGAGGUCGGUUGGGCGGGCUCGACGUCCCUGAGCAAGCCGCAGCCGAUCGUGAUCACCUACAUCAGCAGGCAGGGCGCCCGGAGGCACCUCAUUGACGAGGACCACCAGGCGUUGGUGCACGCGUUGACGGCGAUGUGCGCCGCACACGAUUGGGAACUCAACAUCGUCCAGGCGGAGCAUCUCACCCAUGAUGAGCAGAUGAAAUUGAUUGCGCGCACCACGCAUUUGAUCAUGAUGCCGGUUACUCCCAUUUCAACUGUCAUCGAGAUCUUCUACCCCACAGGAUACGCGAACGACUACAAAUGGACAACACACGCUUUGGGCAUGAAGCACUUCGCCAUUUGGAACGACACCUAUCACACAUACCCGGAACAACUGAGUCCGAACUAUCCUGAGGGCUUCCAGGGCACCCAGAUCCCAGUCUACGCACCGAUCAUCACGCAGAUCAUCCAGAACCGCAUCGCGGGAAGGCUGCCAUGAACUCGCAGAGGGACUUCCUCGCGGGCUGCACCAGAGACACUUCGCCCGCACGCCUUACAUUUUUACCGAUUUUUGUACGUAGGAUACUCGGUCCGCAUCGUAGCAACCACGUUCGUUUGUCGUCCCCUUCAAGCCUGUAUCGAGAUCGGACUGUGCGACUGCUUUCACUUUUGUUGUUGGAACUCUGGCCUCGGGCUUAGUAUGUCAUUCUACUGAUAAAUUAUAUUACGAAGGGAGUUCGGGUUUUGGCCUCCGCCGUUGUAAUCGUGGGCUGCGUGUGUACCGUGUAGGAUAUGAUGAAAUUUCUUGUCACAUGCC